AUGCUUCCUUUGAGGCUCACCAAGAUGCCCUUCAGGGUGAAAGACAUCAUGAGGUUGCUCUGCAUCAUUGCUAAAGAGAAGAAUAUGAUGGCAGCUGUCAAGUAUUCUGGGUUGGGCGCCCUGUUCACAGGAACUGUGACCUUCGUUGGUGGUCUGGUCGGAGGCCCACCUGGACUAGCUGUUGGGGGGCUUGUAGGGAGUCUACUAAGUGCAUGGAUGAUAAGAGGGCACUUGAAGCCAGUACAUCAGAUCAUAAUGGAGCUUCCGUCUGAUAAGAAGCAAAAGCUCUAUAAUGAAGCCUCCUCCAUCCUCAACCACCUGGACUGGAUGGAGACUGUGCAGCUGACCACACUGGUCAUGGGCAGUGAGGACCUGAAGCAAAAGCUGCUGGUGAUGCUAGAAAAGUUCCUAACUCAUAGAAG